AUGCCACUGCCAUAUAGAAUGUCGAAGGCGAACGCUGCAUUACGCCAGGGUGGCAAAGCUCUCAAAGAUCUCAACUUGCUCAAGGUUUUGCAGUCUGAGAUUCAGCAUGAGCUUUCCUUUAACCCCCCUGAGGUAAGCCGAAGCUCUUCAAUGGGUGAGUUUGUGGUGGAUUGCGAUUUGCCACAGUCCCAAGAUUUGGUUUUGAGGAGAAAGUAUGAGAGUGGUGAGGAGGUUGCUGUUUCAGCUUUGUUGGGUCCUUUUAGUCCUGAUGGCUUGGAGGGAGUGGAAUGCCUUUACACAAGGGAUGUUUUGAUGAAGGUAUGUUUGAAGAAGCCUGGUUUGAGCUCAAUGCUGCAGUUUGAUUGCAGUGUUUAUGAGAAAGAUGGUAUUGGGUCUGGGUUUAAAAUCCAUAAUGCCUAUUGUUUUCAACCAUCUGUUGGUCUUGGCCCUUCAGUCUAUAACCCCCCAUUCAGCGAUUUGGACAAGAAAUUACAAGUUGAGCUUAAGAAAUAUCUAGUAUCCAAGGGUAUUGGAGAAAGCCUGACCAACUUCCUCCUCCACCACCUUCACAAAAAGGAGCAAGCUCAAUAUGUGGACUGGCUGCACAAACUUGAAUCAUAUGUUGCAAAAUCAGAGUGA